UCACACAAGAAGUUGUCACUUCCGUCUCAUCUUGCACCGCUUCGGCUGGUGGUUGCUGCUGCUGUUCCGUUUCCUCCACGUCUUCGUUUUCCCAAGAACUCGGCUCCGUCUUUUCUUCCUCGAUGAUGUCUAUUUUCCGCAAUACACACACUGCAACUUUGGUUUCCUGACACGAGACACAUCAUUCCAGAUCUUUCUAUAACAAAGAAGAACUCUACAACCCAGUGUAAAGCUGAUUUACUGCCUAAAUAUGUUUGGCUACGAGAUUAAUAACAGUGACUCUAGUACAUUCCAUUUUUACAUAAUUAGUUUUUUAAUUGCUCUGUGCAGUAUGUUCAUUAAGAUGCCACAGAUUAGAAAUAUUCUUCACGCUAAGAAGGCCAAAAGUGUCAGUUUGCGGGCAAUAUUGACUGAGACUUGUGGCCAUUCCAUUGUUCUGGUGUACCAUUUUGCCAUGAAUUACCCAUUCACUAGUUAUUCCGAAUAUAUCUUCCUGGUGCCACAAGAUUUAAUUCUUCUGUGUAUUUUGCUCUACUACAAUGAUAGAUUCGACAUGAGAGUUGUAACUGGAUUCAUGGUCUAUUUCUUUAGCUGCAUUUUCUUAGCUUCUGGAGUUAUAUCAAAUGCUGUAUUAAAAAUCGCAAUUAUAUUGGCCACACCCAUAUCUUUCUUCAGUAAAUCGCUUCAGAUCUAUUCCUUGCACCAGUCCAAAGAUGUUGGUCAGUUAAGCUUCACCACUUGGCUUGCAACGACGGUUUGUUCAACAGCUCGUCUUUUAACAUCAUUGUACGAAACUGGAGACCAUGUAGUAUCCAUGAACUUUCUCUGCAGCAUUCUGCUAAAUAUUGUCAUAAUGGUACAAAUAGUUUACUACAACUGGGUCAACAGGAAGGAGAAACUACCAUGAGAUACAAAGAAACAACUGCUUAGAAAGAAAGAGAAAGAAAAUGAAUGGAAGUCUUGCUUCGCUUCCUGUAAUCUCUAUUCUCACAAUAUUUAUUACUUGAAGAAUGGGUGAUAAAUUCAAGCAACUGCUGAAGUUUUAAUCAGAUAUGGUCCUGCAGACAUCUGGAAACUAAUGCUCCAUGAGAAAAGAAGUUCUUUUAAAUGCUUUAUAUAAAAAAAAUAUAUAUUGACAUACUUAUAACGCAUAUGAUAAAUAAUAAUUUUGUAUUAUAUAUAAUGUUUGUAUGUAUACGUGUAUGGACAUACGCAUGUAUGUAUGUAUGUAUGUAUGUAUGUAUGUAUGUAUGUAUGUAUACAUGUAUGGACAUACGCAUGUAUGUAUGUAUCAUGUGUAUCUAUGUUAUUUAUUUAUCAGGACAGUGAAUGCUGAUUUUUAUUCUUUGAUCUGGGGUUUUUACCAACCAUUUUGGUUUAUGGUACCUUGUAAAAUAUCGCACAAUCUGGGUUUUUUUAAUGCCUCAAAUAAACAAGGUUUUGAAAACAAUA